UAUCAAAAUGGCCCCCGCUUGCUUUGAUUUUUCAGUGUGCGCCCCUCAGUGGAAAAAGUUUGGACACCCCUGGCUUACGGGAUCCAAGAAGAAAAGGCUUUGUUUAUUUAUUCAAAAUAACACGCUAGAUCACUUUACUUAUGUACAAUAUGUAAUCACACACUGCCUGUUCUUUUGUUGAGUGUAAAUCAAAGGCUACAUUGUAUUUAAGAGACAUAAAAGCAUUAGUGUACAUGUUCAGAAGAUUGGUGUGACUCCCAGCAUUCCCUUAUUUAUGUAAUAAUCGCUUGCAUGCUUGGGGUUCACGUAUGCAAUAAAAGUGUUAUUGUGCACUUAAACAACACAGUGAGCUUGGCCACCAUCCCGUUAUUUCUCCUCCCCCCCCUGCAAGCCUGGUUGAGGUGCUAUUGUGUGCUUUCCUGUGGAGUCCUCCGCUCUCUGGCACGCACACGUGCACGCGCACACAAAGCUGAGCUGUGCUGUUGACCACAAACAGCAAAGAGGUCGCCCAGCCGUCCAGGAGGAAGAAGAACUUAAAAAAAAAAAAAAAAAAAACUUGUUUGAAAAUUGACAACCAAACAAGCUCUUUUUCUCUGUUCUUGAGGAUUUGCAGACGGAAGCCACCCCAGUGAGAAGUGAAGAAGUAUGGCGUUUUAACGUGUUUGUUGACAUUGACAAACAUCAGCCGCAGUAAGAGGAGAUCAUCCAUUCAUCACUGAGCGCCGAGCAUCCUGACUGCUUCCAUUUAUGUGUCCGCCAUGGUUUGGAGAAGGCUUGCCUGGGGGAUCCCCUGCUGACACUUCCGAUCCAGACAUAUCCAGCUUCUCUCCUGCGGACCACGACAUUCUGGUGUGAGCUUGUUCCUCCAAGACCUCCUCACCGUCAUCAUGGCGAGUUUGGUGCUUAAUGAGACCGGGAUGGAGGACUGUGGCAUUGACGACUCCUUCAAGUACAACUUGUAUUCGGUGGUCUACAGUGUGGUCUUCGUCUUAGGUCUCAUCACCAACUGCGCUGCACUGUUUGUCUUCUGCUUCCGCAUGAAGAUGCGCAACGAAACGACAAUGUUCAUGACUAAUUUAGCACUAUCUGAUUUAGUCUUUGUUUUUACGCUGCCGUUCAAGGUCUUCUACAAUGUGAACCGGCACUGGCCCUUUGGAGAUGGACUGUGUAAGAUAUCAGGAACAGCCUUCAUCACUAACAUCUAUGGUAGCAUGCUCUUUCUCACCUGCAUCAGCGUGGACCGCUUUUUAGCAAUAGUCUACCCUUUCCGCUCCCGCUCCAUCCGCACGCGCAGGAACGCCGCAAUGGUGUGCGCGGCUGUGUGGCUGACCAUUGUAGGAGGAGGGAUAUCCGUCACCUUCUUCUCUACCAUCAACAGCACAAACAGAGCUACAACCUGUUUUGAGGGCUUCUCUAAGAGCACCUGGAGGACCUACCUUUCAAAAAUCACCAUCUUCAUUGAGAUUGUGGGAUUCCUGCUUCCUCUUCUGGCCAACUUGGUUUGUUCCUCACUGGUCCUGAGAACGCUACGUCGUCCAGUGACAGUUGGCCAUGGCUGUGACAGCAAGCGUCGUGUCCUGAGGAUGAUUCUGGUCCAUCUUGGCAUCUUCAUCAUCUGUUUUGUCCCGUAUAACUCCAACCUCUUCCUCUAUGCCCUGGUGAGAACUCAGGCCUUGGUUAACUGCUCUGUAGAGCGCUUCGCCCGAACUCUGUAUCCCAUCACUUUGUGUCUGGCUAGCCUUAACUGCUGCUUAGACCCUGUGGUCUACUACUUUACCUCGGAGAGUUUCCAAAAAAGUUUGUCCCUGGGAAGCAAAGGGUCCGGUUCCCGACCUGAGAGUAUUCCCCGCAGCGACACUGAGACCCAGGACCCGGCAAACACACUCCCAAGAGACACACACACUUUGGCCAGGAAUGGAAAAGACAUUAAAGUAUCAGAAAGUCAAUUUUGAUGAGAGGAAGAAGAAGAGUUGAACAAGGACAAAUGGGUUUAAGAGACCUUGGAUUUGAAAAAUUGUUUGUCCUGGAAAUGACAAAUGCAUAACUGAGCAGAUUAGCUAAAUCCUGGUGUAAAUCCUCAAGUAUGGUCUGGGCUUUACCAAUUAAUCCACCUCUUGGAAUCAAAGGAAUGUAUCUGUUUAUUAUUAACAAUCUGCAACCGGACACAAACAGACAUAAGGAACUUCUUCGAAUAACUCAGGCACAACACUCAUGCACUGGAUGUUUAACUACUGUAUAUUAAACGUUUAUAACUUACUGACCUACAUGUUAUUGUUUAAAUUGCAAUGAAAUACAGUACAUUGUCAUUGUUUAUUGUGGUGGCACCCAUUAUUAACACAAUACAUUAAAUCUGGGGUGGGAAGACACAAUAUGUCUUGUGCUGAGGU